UUAAUUUUCAGUCGAGUACACAGCUGUGAUCCAGACAUCUCUCAAACCAAUUCUAGAAAAUGAGCUCUCUACAAACACUACCGAUUUCCUUAUCACGAAGCCAGUUCGUCACCGAAGGUUUAUCCCUUUUGCAAGGCCUCUCGAAACAAGGGCAGGUAAUGCGGUGGAACCGGAAACAUGCGAUAGUUCAGAAGAUGACUUUCCUCCGUUUCUGACAGAUGACAUAAUCCGCCAUGGAGGAUUCGUACUAUGUAUUAUUAUCGGCAUCUAUUGCUUUACAUUGUUAGCUGUAGUUUGCGAAAAUUACUUCUUACCAUGUGUUGAGACCAUCUGUGAAGUUUUGGGGCUGUCGCCGGAUGUCGCUGCAGCUACUUUUAUGUCAGUAGCAACCUCUUGCCCAGAGCUAUUUACAAACAUCAUUGGAACUUUCGUCACGGAGUCCGACAUUGGCAUUGGUACUAUAGUAGGAUCAUCACUUUUCAAUGGGUUAGGAGUAGCUGCUAUUGGAGGAUUGGCUGCACCAUUUCCAUUGAAACUCGACUGGUGGCCUUUGACCAGAGACUGCCUGAUAUACAUCGUGGCCGUAACUGCCUUAGUUGCCAUCACAUGGGAUGGCGUGAUCCUAUGGUAUGAGGCUCUGGCCUUGGUGAUCAUCUACGUCAUCUACUUCGUGCUGAUGUUCCAGAAUGACCGUAUUUCGGUUGUGGUGCGCAGAAGGGUGCAAAAGAAUAGUCAAAAUAUGCGCAAACGUGAGAAUGAAAAUGAGAGGGAGAUUGUACCCAGGGUUUCGAUCAUUUCGGCGUAUGGAUCGUAUUUGGACGAGAACACCAAGAAACAAUUAGAAGCCAACCAUGCACCGCUGGAGAAAAUUGAAGAACAAGAAGUUGAAGAAGCGAAGAAAAGCAUUUUCACAAAGCCAGAAGGACCACUAUACAAGAAAAUAUUUUUUUACUACAGUUGGCCCAUCCAAUUCGUUUUAAGGUGUACUAUACCCAAUCCCAAACUGCAUCCAAAACUGUUCCCAGUAACAUUCGCACUUUGUAUUAUAUGGAUUGGUGUUAACUCUUACGUUGUAUCCUGGAUGAUAUCGAUAAUAGGAAAUCUGUUGAAUCUGCCUGACGCUGUAUUGGGUAUGACAUUCUUAGCUGUAGGUGGAUGCUUACCAGAAUCGAUCUCUAUGACUAUUAUAUCAAGACGAGGCGAAGGAGCAUUCGGCGUCUCAAAUUCCUUAGGAGCAAACAGCAUGAACAUUUUAAUGUCCUUGGGCAUGCCCUGGUUUUUCAAAAACAUGCUCAACCUAUACAGAGGCAAUCAUGAUGGAAUCCAUAUUCAAUCGGGAUCAAUAGAGUACACCAUUCUAGCGUUGAUAUUCGUAUCAUUUUGUUUAUAUACAGUUUUAGCACUUAACAAAUUUAGACUUGGGAAGCUCGUCGGAGCCACACUGUUAUUUAUUUAUGCGUCGAUGGUAGUUUUGGCUGUGUUAUCCGAAAUGUUAUUUUUUCCUACAGCGAAAGAGUGCUGAGGCUUUAUUCAGCUGAUUUGUACCGAUCACUGAAUUUGAAUAGAUCAGAAGGAACAUUGCAUUCUUUGUCACUAAAAUUGUCUAGUUUCUGUGUUUACUUUUGACUCAUUGGGCUACCAAUACCUACCAAAGUGGCAGCGUUGUAUCAGUAUAACAAUAAUAUCUACCGGUGGAAACAUCUACAUUCGUAAGGCUUGAACCGCUCUCUGCGAAUUAUGAAAGAAGUACAAUGUCUCAAAUUAUAAAAUACUAUUUUAAUGAUAGAACUGCAAGACACUGUAAUCCUUACUUCAGACUACACUACACUACAAAUAAAUGCUUGACUGGUUCGUACCAAUCCACAGGAUACACCGAGCGCGCCCUUGAUUAACAAUUAAAAAACAAAGAUUUUCCGUAACUACCUAUUUGAAUGCUUUGAUAUUUUGUUAAUGGAUGUUCGAAGAGUAUUUAGUAACAUUGGAAAUAUUAAAAUUUUGGUUUCCUCAUAUUGUAUUUUGGGUUCGAAAAUGGCAUAUUUCGCACUUUACCAAAUAUUGUAUCGCUUAUAUCUCGAAAAAUCUCAACUUUAUAAAAAAGUUCGAAAGCACUAUUUGAUCCAGAAUGUCCUGAACAGGAGCAAAAAAAAUUUUUUGAAAUUUGUUAGAAAAAUUGUUUAGAAAAGUUUCGGCGCAAAUUUGGGACUGGCAACAUGCAGGUUAAUUAAAAGGAGCACUUCUUGAACGAUUAUGCAAAAAAGUCCAAAUCAUAAUAUUUUACUAUCAAAUGCGCAGAUAUCGCCUGGCCUAAGUAUGUGAAGGCCGGAAGAAGGCACAGCGAUGCCUCUAGUCGAUCCAUUAUAGUUUCCAAUUACUGCUGUUUGGGGCGUUGUGUUCAGCUUUGAUUCCUUAAUUAGACUUCACAGCUUUGACACAGAACUUUGCCUUAGCUUUCUCUGCCUGGGGAUGUAUUCUCCCAGACAUCUUCUAUUAUUAUGGUAGCACAAAGGAUACACACAAGUUUCACCACGUUCCUCCCAUGAGGCGUUCAGUAGCUUCAUAUCUCGAUUUAGGCAAUGACCGCUAUAGCUCGUAUUGUCUUCCUGUUAUAAGAUAUUCUGAGCACUUCAGUAGCACCCUGUUAUAAUUAGUCAAAGUUUUUAUGACGUUCAUAUUAUUUAGAUGUGAAAUUUUGUAUGUAUUGUAUCUCUGUACGACGAUGAGAUCAGAUAAAUGAACAAGCAGUUACUAACUUAACUCUGUAAGCUAAGAUCUAAUAGGAAUGGCAGCGAUGUCCAAUUUCGCGCCCACCGGAGCUAGAGUGGUUGGAGCUGAAAGUGUUAAAAAUAGAUAGGAAAAAACAGAUCUGGUAGGAUUAAGGCGAGGUUCUCAAGGUAUUUGAGGUGAAAAACUAGAUUUUGGACUAACAAUUCUCUUUUUUUCCCAAAUACCUUGCGAACAUCGUCUUAUGCUGUCUAUAACCUCAUAUGAAUGGUAAUUGUCACACAAUCAAUAUUUACUGUGAUCCGUCAGUAUCAAUAAUUGACUGUGAUACUUAUUGAACAUGUAGUCAAGUAGUCAGUGAAUAUUAAAGUAUGAGAUUACGUAAAAGUCCACUGAUACUGGAGAACGAUCAGUAAAUACUGUUCAAGUCGCUUGAGGAUGAAGUUGGUAAAGUUUAGUUCAUGUGCCUUAAUUAACCAACUAGAAGAUAAAAAUUGCGUCAACUAGGAUAAAGGAUUAAGUUAAGCUCAAUUGAAAUCUUCCGAGAAAACAGUCAGUUAAGAAUAGAUAGAGAAAUCGAAUGCAUCAAGUCAGUCAAGCCAGACCAUUCAAUUAGUCCAUAGACAAUCUUUCUCUGCCCUAUCGGUAUGUACUGUCCAUCUGGCACCGUUGUCCCUUUCCACAUCUGUGUGACUUCGUCCACCGUGGCAUCGCUGUAGCGAGCUACCUUUUAUUCCGUGUAUACGUUUUAUGCGCUGCAGUAUGGAUAGAUUAGUGAGCCGGGCUGGUACGCCGGGCGGCGAGCAGCGAAGAUGGUAGGAGUACGUGCAUCGAAGAUAUUUUUAUAUAUGCAAGUUUUAGCGGGGCAAAUGAACGGAUACAUCUAUAUUCAGUGAAAUAUAGAUAAAAGAUGUAUAUAAUCACCGGGGUUGGCUGCGUAUAACGGUACUAAUAUCAAAAAAUAUACCUUCCGACACCCACUACACUCCCCAACCUCCAAAUUUCAAGGGAGCUGGUGCAACAUCGAAAAACGAAAGUUUGAGCGAUGUUUAUUUUUUUCUUGUCUUUUGCUCCUAGCUCCGACACCACUCAAAAACUACAACGCGUUCCCAUCCUUACCAUAGUAGUGCUCUCCCCAAGCUAUAGGCUGUCCAAGGAUUAGCGGACAGACAGACAGGCAGACGGGGACGAGUGGCAUAGUAUUUUUAAAAAUUAUAUCUCAUUUUCGAAUUUCUUCGCGAUUAUAAAACUUUCUCGCCCAGUGGCCUAGGAAGUAAAACUCCAGAUGGAUUCUGUCAAAAACUUUAAGCGGUGAAGUCAGCGUGUGUGCGUGGGUGUGUGUGAGAAAAAUGUAAGUAUGAGUAGAGAUUAUGACAGGAGAGGAGAGGGAGGCUCCAAGUAUGAGUUUCAUACAAAUGACAGUCGAGUUAUCAAUCCUAUAUAGAAACGUAAAACAAUAAUAUCCUUGUUUCAAGAAAUUCUGGAUGCAGUUUCGAAAACACGAUCUUCAAGCAAGAAUCUAUUUUCAGUUAAAGCAUGGAAAAUAUAAUUUUAUGCUUGAUAAUGUUAUCAUUUAAGCCUAGACCUAGAACAUCCCCUCGAACAGGGAAAUCCAUAUGUCCCAAAAAAAUCACCUUGCUACACACGUUUUUGGUUCAAACUGAGUUCAGAGAGAAUAAAUUUGUAGCUGCCUCAUUUAGAUGCCUUUAUCACCAUAAAGAAAGCGUGUGAAGAAUAUUUUUCAUAAGAAUAUAUCCCAUUAAUUUGCUAAAUUCGGAAUGAGAUGGAGAGCUUUUAGAUGUGAAAAAUCAAUAAGUUAGAUGUCAUUGGUUCGUAUUUCUGCGAUAAACAAUAUGAUGUUCUGCUUAAGAUGUAUUAUUAUACCCUUAGCUUAAGAGUAAGGCUGUGUUACUAUAUUAAGUAAUACUAAAAAGCAUUAUUUUACGGCCAAGGUAAUGUCUCAAACAUUUUUUUGAUAUUUAGUUUUUGGUUUUGAGUAUGAUCUCACAGGUUCUGAAGCAUGGUGUGAAAAGAAAUAAUACUGACAUAAUGAGCUUCAACCUAUUGCUAUGUUCCCGCCCACAAAAAGUUAUUCGACAUAAAAUGAGAUACCGUAGCGUCAUCUAUGAGAAUUUAUAACAGCUGUUUCUUCAUUUUCCAUAUAUACUUUGAAGAAGUUGGUGUCACAUAGAUGACGCUGUAUCCACCUAUGUAAUAAUAAUUUAGUCACAAUACUAAUACAAUUUUAGUGAAUAAAUGUAUACGCUAUGAGACAACCUUUUCGAGGUAUGCAAGUUGGUCACCUUGCAAUAUGCUUACAUUUCCCUGUUAGGGUGGAACGUCAGGGAAGAAUUAUUAAAACAUCUUGUUGGUUUUCAUGACAAAAAGUAACUAUUUUUUCAUAAGUUUAGGAAUGUACAAAAAUCCUACGUAAUGUAAUAAUGUUUUACAAAUGGAAUAUAUCUGGUUAAUCAUCACAAUACUAGUUCAUUAUGGAUUGUUAGUCAAGCAAGCUGAAUCAACUAUUUAUACAGGAAACAGAACUAAAGUGGAUACCAAGCAAAAUGCGAUGCUCUUCAUCAGUCAUGAGCUGUGCAUUGUUGCCAGACUUUGCAUAUUUUCUUUUAAGCAAAUAAAUUAUUUAAUGAAAUAAAUUUGGAUAUAUACCCAAUAUUUAGUAAGUAUUUAGUUAAAUUUUGAUUUUCAAACUUCUUUAGUUUUGACUUUUUGACUGACUGUGAAACAUCACUUACAGUAGACACAUUUAAUUUCAAGGCUGCUGCUAUACGUUAAAAAUAAGAAAGAGAAGAUUCAGCUCAACGUUCCUAUUACUCAGGCUAUCAACAAGCGUAAACUCACCUCCCGUACAGCUGUUAAAGGUAAAAGUGGGCCAUUAUUAUCUCGUUCCCGUUUGAACCAUUCUAAUAAGCAUGGUAUGAGCUCUUUACACCAGCUGUUAGGUUGUUUUGGCAUUUUGUAUACUUUACACCAUUUCACGUUAAAUGUUGUUCUGAAAAGAACAAUUUUUAAUUGCAAGGCUCAAGCGCAAAAACUUACAAAUAGAACUAGUACGACAAAAGGACAAUGACAACGAAGUCACCAAAUAAGACGCGUCAACCUCACAUUUCUCUGCACGUAGUUUACUUUUUGUACAUCGUCUUUUUCUUCUCUUUCCUCAUAUUUUUUUUCAUUACCCGUAUGACUAUCUUCCAAUCUAGUGUUACUACUGUGACUAUAUGUUCUUUUAGUUUAUAGUCUUUUUAAUUUAAUUAUGAGGUUGCCAUUUUAUCAGCACUAUUUGUAGGCAGUCUCUUUUGCAGUAAAUGUUAUUUUGAAUUUCAGUUUCAAAUUGAUCCAACAUUUCAUGUAUAUCUGCUGCAGAUAAAUUCUUUUAUUAUUUUACAUAUAGAAACAGCAGUCCCAAAUUCUCAUAGAUGACGCUAUGGUAUCUCAUUUUAUCCCGUCUUAUUUUUUGGACGCAGGAAUAUAGCAGUAGGUAGGCUAUGAUCAAUGCUAAUAGGUACAUACUGCUUACCUCUGGGUCUAUUUUGCAAGCGUGACUUUUUAAAAUGUCAAUCAUUUAAAAAAAUGCUCUAUUUACAAUAGUAUUUGUAUGUUCCCCUUAAAUAUAAGUUGUUUUAAUGUAGGUGACGUAAGUGUAUUUGGAUAUAAAAGUUUUAUAUUUGCCAAUAAAGUAUUUCUUUUUCAA